AUGAGCACCGAAGUCGACGAUAAUAAAGAUAUUCAUUCUAAUGAGGAAGUUCAACAAGAUAAUAAUGAAAUACCGCAAGAAAUCGAUCAACCAUUACAUUCAUCUAAAAACGAACAAAAAAUAGAAUCAUCCAUCGAUGAUAAGCAACUAGAAACUCAAUCAUCACCACUAUCGACAUGUGAUAACGAAGACAAUCUUCUAAAAAUUCCAUCCACUGAUAUCAACAAUGAAGAGGGCGAAGAAGGAGAAAAUUCAACAGCAGCAACUGUAUCUGAAGAGAAUUCGUCUGCUUUACCUCUAUCCGAAGAUGACAAUACGACUAGCGAUACUGUUCAAUUGGAAUCAUUGAAUCAAUCUGAUGAUACCCAUCAACUAUUGGAAACGAUCGCUGGUAAAUCGAAUAAAGACGCAUCGUUAACUAUCUUGAAUACACUUGUCGAAGGCGAUUUUGAUUUGGAUAAAAACUAUAUUAUACAAAAACCAAAAAAGUUCUAUGAAUUAUUUACUAUUUUUGAUAAAAUGUCUUCAUCAUUACAAGCUGAAAUACUUAGUGUAAUAAUUGGUGUCAUGCGAAAAAGUGAACGCAAUCUGUUGGCAUCAGUCGAUGCACAAAUCUAUGGCAUAGCAUUAGAACUUUUAAAUAGGAUUGAUGACGAUGUUGUUGCUGAUCUAUUAGUUGAUAUUCUAACAGUUUUAACAUCCUUAACAGUUAAUGUGAAUGAACUGAAAAUUCUGUUGCAUUAUCUUAAAACAGAAAAUCGUACAUGGAAAAAACAUGCAGUAAAAUUGUUGAACAUCUUUAAAAAUUUUCCAUACCGAUAUGGACCCGAUGAAUUUUUUAAUUUUCCUGGCCGAAAUGGUUCUGGUAUUGUUUUACCACCAAUUAAACUUUGGCCGUAUCAAAAUGGUUUCACGAUAUCAACAUGGUUUCGUAUUGAUCCUGUUGCUAAUGGUGUUAUUGAAAAAGAAAAGCCAUAUUUAUAUUGGUUUUGCAAUUCGAAAGGACAUGGUUAUACAGCGCAUUUUGUUGGAAACUGUUUAGUUAUUUCGUAUUCAAAAUUAAAAGAAAAAGCUUUUCAACACUGCAUACAAUUUGAAUUUAAACCACGAGAAUGGUAUAUGAUAACAUUCACACAUCUUUAUCAACGAUGGAGUAAAAGUAGUAUUCAUUGUUAUAUAAAUGGUCAACUUGUUUCCAACACAUUUUUUCCGUGGAGUAUUGAAAGUGCUGAUUUAUUUGAUAAAUGUUAUAUUGGUUGUACACCUGAUCGUAGUGAUCUAACAAGUUUCUCUGGUCAAUUAUCAACGUUCUAUCUAUUUAGUCUGUAUCUCGAACCGUUAAUUGUUCAAGGUUUAUAUAAAUUAGGACCAGCAUAUAAAAAUCAAUUUAAAUUUGAAAAUGAAAGUGCUCAUGUUCUAAAUGAUUCGCAAAGAAAAUCGAUGUAUGAUGGAAAACUAAUGAGUUCGAUCGUAUUUAAUUAUAAUCCUGUCGCAUGCGAAGAAAAACUUGUUUUACAAGCUGCACCGAAAACAAAUGUUUCCUAUUUCGUUCAUACCGCUCAUGCUCAAAUGUUAAGCAAUGUUCGAUCUGUAAUAACAUAUUCAAUUUAUUCAACAUUACACAGUGUGGGUGGUAUACAAGUGUUUUUCCCAUUAUUCGGUCAAUUAGAUCAUCAACAAGCUGACGGCUCAAUUAAUUAUAAUGUUUGCUCAAUAUUGCUUUCUACUCUGUGCGAAUUAAUUGAACGAUCAUAUACAAUUCAACAUCAAAUGCUUAAUUCCAAAGGUUUUCUCGCCAUUGGAUAUCAUCUUGAAAAGGCAUCGAGGCAACAUAUCAGCAUGGAUGUUCUCAAUUCUCUUAUAUCUUUAACAACAUUCUUUGUCAAAAUCGAAAGCAAAAAUAGUCCAUUAUUAUUGAAACAAUUAUUUGUUCAUAUUUUUUUCAAUCCUGCCAUUUGGAUUUAUUGUUCAGUUGAUGUUCAAAUGCGUUUAUACACAUAUUUAGCAAUCGAAUUCGUUGCUUAUUCUGAAAUAUAUCAUUUACUUCAACCGAUCAGUGAAAUAAUUCAAACAUUACAUACAAUAAAAUAUUUCUAUUGGGUUGUUGAUCCAAGUCAUCGAAGCGGUUUCAAACCAAAAGGUUCAGAUGGAAAUCGACCAACACGUGAACAAAUUAUUGAAAUGCGACGUUAUAUGUUACUCUAUUUAAAGCAACUUGUUAUCAGUAGUUCUGGUACUCAAGAAGAAGAACUUCAAGCAAUUCUUAAUUAUCUUCACACGGUCCAUGAAGAUGACAAUCUUGUUGAUGUUUUGGAUACGACUGUCAAUCUUAUGUCAGAAUAUCCAAGAGCAAUGGUACCCGCAUUCGAUCGCCGACAAGGAUUAAAAACGGUUUUCAAAUUAUUGGCAAGCAGUAGCGAGAUCACACGUUUACAAGCUUUAAAACUAUUGGGAUUCUUUCUUCAAAGAAGUACAGUAAAACGAAAAACUGAUGCAAUGCAGCCACACAAUCUAUUUUCUUUAUUGGCUGAUAGACUUUUACUGCAUCCAAAUAGUUUCACAAUGGCUACGUAUAAUGUUUUAUUUGAAAUACUUGUGGAAAAAGUGAGCGGAUUACUCGUCGAAAAGCGAACUUCAGAAAUUACACCCGAUUGGAAAAUUGAAAAUCCAGCCAUGAUCAAAGUCAUUGCGACAUUACUUCGACAUGCAUCUGAUAAUAUUCAUCAGUACGAUAUAAAAUUACGUUUUCUUGAUGAUUUAAUUUUACUUGCAUCAGCAAGUCGAGAUAAUCGAAGAACGAUUUUACAAAUGUCGGUUUGGCAAGAUUAUUUGUUUGGUCUUGCUUAUGUUUAUCCAACACAAGAAAUUCAAAUCGAAAUAACUGAUCGAGUUUUUGAUUUAUUAAAACUUUUACUGCAUCAUGCAAUCAAAUUUGAAUAUGGUGGAUGGCGUGUUUGGAUUGAUACACUUUCAAUUCUACAUGGACGAAUAACUAAAGAAGAUUACUAUCGAAAAGUUAAUCAAAUGGUUGAAAAUAUGAAAGAUAAUGAUGAAGAUGAACCAAGAACACCCACUGGCUCUCAAUCUCCAGUUGAUGAACAAUCAAUCUCAACACCGACUAAAUCAACAACAAGUCGUCAAGUCUUCAAGUCAAAACAAUUACCGCCAUAUACAAUAUCAGAAUUUAAAUAUGCACCCAUGCAUCUUCGUCUCUUAAAUAUUGUUUUUGAUUCGAUCGAAGUUGAUAUUCGUUUAUGGAGAUCAGAUACAACUAAACUCAUAACUGAAUCAAUCAAUAAUCCUGAUAAUCAAAUAUUUUGUGCUAAUGUUGUACAUAUUAUUUCUCAAAUGGCCGAUGUAUUAUGUAAUGCAUCUGGUGGUCUUUUACCGUUACUUGCUAGUGCAACAUCAGCCUCUCAUGAAAUUGAAUUAUUAGAAUAUACAGAAGGUUUAUCACCUAAAGAUGCAUUAAGAGUUUUAAAACGUGUUAUGGGCUUAUCGGAUUUAUUUAUACUUGGUAGUACUGCAAAUUUUUCUGAACUGGAACAAGAAAAAAGUAUGCCGAGUGGUGGUAUAUUGCGGCAAUGUCUUCGCUUAACCAUGACAACUGCUGUUCGCAAUUGUAUGGAAUGUCGUUUUCAAAAAUUUGAUUCAUCAAAACUUCCGACUCUAUCACCAUCAGCAGCGAAAGGUGUACAUAAAGAUCCACUUGAAACAAUACUUGAAUUAACUUAUUUAAUGAAUACAAGCGAAGCCGAAAAUGAGAGUGAAGAUGAAAAUGAUGACAUUUCACUUUUGAUAGCAUCGUUUAUAAAGAAUCCUGAAUCAGUUUUACAAGAACUUGAUAUUCAACGUUUGCGUGCUAUCAUCUAUCGUGAUGUGGAUGAUACAAAACAAUCGCAAUUCUUAGCAUUAGCUAUUGUUUAUUUUGCAUCAGUAUUGAUGGUAUCAAGAUAUCGAGACAUAAUUGAAACAAAUCAAACAAAUUUAUCUCGACAAACAUCUAUUAUCAGUGCAACACCUAGCUAUCGACAAGCGUCGAUAAGUGACGUUAAUGCGGAUACAAGUAGUCUUAAUGAUUCAACAUCGAUUAAUGAUACUAAUCAUAAGGAUACUGACGAGUCAGGAGUCAUUGAUGAUAAAACGAGUGGAAUUAGUAAAGUAGAUUCAGAAGCAACCGAUCAAGAUGCUACGAAUUUAAAUAAUACAAGCGCUACUUCUACUCAAUAUGCAAGUAUUGCCAGUAUUCCUACUAGCAAUCAGCCAGCAAUAAGUAAAACUGAAUUACCAGAAUCGAAACUUCCCGAGUAUCCAAAAGCAAAUUUUAAUUCAAAUGCAGCAGCAUCAUCAGCGUCAUCAUCGAUGAAUAUAACUGAAAAAUUAGAACGAGCAUUAUCGAACAUUGCACCAUUUUUACGUGAUAUCUUUACGGAAUUUUCACAUAUACUGACGAAAACAUUGGUCGGUUCACAUGGUCAAGAGCUAUUGCCCAAUGGUUUACAUGCUCUCAAACACUCAGCAUCAGUUGUAGAACUUGUCAUGCUUUUAUGUUCGCAAGAAUGGCAAAAUUCUCUUCAAAAACAUGCUGGCUUAGCUUUUAUAGAGUUAGUCAACGAAGGUCGUUUACUUGCUCAUGCAAGUAAAGAUCAUGUUGUUAAAGUUGCUAAUGAAGCAGAAUUUAUUCUUAAUCGUAUGCGUGCUGAUGAUAUACGUAAGGCAAGUGAAUUCGAACAGCUUUCAGCACAGACAACUGUUGAACGUAAAGGCGAAGAGCAACUAUGUGAACAUUUUAUAACUGCAGCACGCCAACGACAUCAAGCUAUUGCAUCACGUUUACAAGAGAAAUAUUUAGCGAUGAUGAUCAAUGAUAAAACUGCUUAUUUAAAUAGUUCACGUCCGUUUUGGAAAUUAGACCCAUGGGAAGAUGAUCUAAGACGACGACGACGCUUAGUACGUAAUCUACAUGGCACAAUUCAUAGCGAGGCAACACAAAAAUCAUCAUUCAAUGGCACGAAUGAUGAUUUAAUUACGGGUGUUAUUCAAGAAGAAAAUUUAUUAAAACAAUUAAAACAACAAAAAGUACAAAAUUUUAAUCAAACAACAGCUGACGAAGAAGACAUGUUACAAGUCGAUGAAAAAGAUCUUGAUCAUGACUUUUCUGGUCCAAUACGAUUCUCAACUGAAUGUUCACUUAUCUGUGGUACAGCUGUUGUACAUGGAGCUUUAGCUCUCACACAUAACGCCAUGUUAUUUGAUGCUGAUGAAUACGAUGAUAGUUUUUCUAAAUUCGAUGCAAAAAUGUUUCCUUAUAUUGAUAAUCUUCAUGGCAAAUGGCAUUUUACCGAAAUACGUGCCAUAUUUUCCAGAAGAUAUCUUUUACAAGAAAAAGCAUUAGAAAUAUUCGUUUCGAAUAGAACGAGCGUUAUGUUUGCAUUUAAUGAUCGCUCAGUUGUUAAAAAAGUUGUAAACUUUUUACCUCGAGUUGGCGUUGGUGGCCGUUAUGGAUUACCACAACAACGACGAACGGCAUUAGCGUCACCGAAACAAUUGUUUCGUUCAGCUAAUAUGACACAACGAUGGCAACGACGAGAAAUUUCAAAUUUUGAAUAUCUCAUAUAUCUUAAUACUAUCUCAGGUCGUACCUAUCAAGAUUUAAAUCAAUAUCCAAUAUUUCCAUGGAUUAUAGCGGAUUAUGAAAGUGAAAAACUUGAUUUAAAUUCACCAACAACCUAUCGAGAUCUGUCUAAACCUGUCGGAGCAUUGAAUCCAACAAGAAAAGCAUUUUUUAUCGAACGUUAUAAUAAUUGGGAAUCAGAUACAAUGCCACCAUUCCAUUACGGUACACAUUAUUCAACAGCAGCAUUUACACUCAGUUGGCUCAUUCGAUUGGAACCGUUUACAACGUUUUAUUUGAAUUUACAAGAAGGAAAAUUCGAUCAUGCCAAUCGAGUAUUUCAUUCGAUUCCAGUUUCGUGGCAAAAUUGUCAACGUGAUUCGUCUGAUGUUAAAGAAUUAAUACCGGAAUUCUUUUCUCUACCGGAAAUGUUUACUAAUUGUAAUCAUUAUAAAUUAGGCCGAACAGAAGACGGACUGAAAGUUGAUGAUGUUAUUUUACCUAAAUGGGCGGAAACACCAGAAGAUUUCAUUCGAAUCAAUCGAGCGGCAUUGGAAUCAGAAUUUGUUUCAUGUCAUUUACAUCAUUGGAUUGACUUGAUAUUUGGUUAUAAACAAAGAGGUCCUGAAGCUGUCCGUGCAGUUAAUGUCUUCUAUUAUUUAACUUAUGAAGGUACAGUUAAUCUUGAUUCUAUAACAAAUCCAACCGAUCGUACUGCUAUUGAAACGCAAAUAAGAAAUUUUGGUCAAGCGCCAUCACAACUCUUAACUGAACCACAUCCACCAAGAAACUCAGCAAUGAAUUUAACUCCUAUGAUGUACAAUGUUUCACCAGAAGAUGUAUCAAUGAUAAUGAAAUUUUCGUCGAACGCUCCCAUUAUUCACGUUUCUGCUAAUACAAAUCCAGUACAUUCGAUACAGGCUGUUGUUACAAUUAGUAAUAAACAUGAUUUUUCUAUAAACAAAUACCAUUCGAAUGCUGGUGGAUCAACCCAACCCUAUUCAGAUGGAUCACAAUCAUCUACUCAACAACAAGCACAAUUGCCGUUAAGCAUGGAUUCAAUUUUAGUAUCAAAUUUAAACUUGAGUCGCCGUAAUUUGGGUGAUAAUUUUGAUGAACGUAUUCAACAACGACAUCAAAGUUUUGUUGUUACUGCCGAUAAUCGGCAUAUCAUUUCUACUGGCUAUUGGGACAAAAGUUUUCGCGUACAAAAUACUGAUAUGGCUAAGAUUACUCAAGUACUCUAUGGACAUUUUGAUAUUGUCACAUGUGUAUGCCGUUCGGAGAUAACUAUCGCGGGAAAUUGUUUUCUUGCAACUGGUUCACGCGAUUGUACAGUUUGCGUUUGGAUAUGGAAUGGAACAAAAUGUGCAAUAGUCGAUCGGGAAUAUCCAAAUCAAGAAAUAAAUCCAUCGCCAGCUGCAAUUUUAACGGGUCACGAUACAGAAAUUACAUGUCUAUGGAUAUCAGCAGAGCUUGGUAUUGUUUUAAGUGGUAGCGAACAAAGCCUUGUACUUCAACAUACACUUAAUGGUGAUAUAUUACGUUCAUUUGAAAAUCCUACGAAACUAUCGACACCACGCCUUAUAUCGCCAUCGAAUGAUGGUGAUAUUAUUGUUUGUUAUGAUCGUUCGAAAUUAUGUUUGUAUACAUUAAAUGGAAAAUUAAUGAGACAAGCUAUAUUUGAAGAUGAAACUAUUCAAAGUAUGGUUUUAAAUGCUGAUAGUCAAUAUACGGUAAUUGGCGGUGAUCGAGGUUUUGUACAAAUUGUCCGAACACAUGAUUUGCAGCCUGUUUAUGCUUAUCCGCAAUGUGAUGCCAGUAUUCGUUCAUUAGCAAUAACUCACGAUCAAAAAUAUAUCAUGGCUGGUCUUUCUACAGGUUGUUUGAUCGUAUUUAAUGUUAAUUUUAAUGUUCUUAAUCAACCCCGACGAGAACCAGGAACGCCUACUGCAAAUGUUUAA